AUGGAUAUCGACGACUUCCAGUCAAUGUCAGACAAGUUCCUCACCUGGCUGAAAAACACAGGCGCAACCAUCUCUCCCAAGAUCCAACUCGCAGAUCUAAGAGACAGAGCAGCUGGCCGAGGCGUCGUCGCAACCUCAGACCUCACCUCAGACGAAGAAAUCUUCCGCAUCCCUCGAACAUCAAUCCUCACAACCGAAACCACCGACCUCCCCCAAGAAAUCCUCCAACAACUCACCGACCCAUGGCUCUCCCUAAUCCUCGCCAUGAUCUUCGAAUACCUCCUCGGCACCAACUCACGCUUCAAACCCUACCUCGACAUCCUCCCCGAAAGUUUCAACACUCUAAUGUUCUGGACCGAUAACGAACUCCAGUAUCUCCAAGGCAGCGCCAUACUCUCAAAAAUCGGGAAAGAAGAAGCAGACAAUACCUUCUCUGAACAAUUACUCCCAAUCAUAACCAAAAAUCCCGAAAUCUUCAAAAUCGGAACCUGCAACAAUCAAGAUCUUCUCGCUCUAUGUCAUAGAAUGGGCAGCAUAAUAAUGUCCUACGCCUUCGAUCUCGACCCUCCUCCCACCACCACCACCUCCUCCUCCGAAGAAUGGGAAUCAGACUCCGACUCCGAAAACGAAAAAAUCUCCCCCAAAGCCCUAAUCCCUCUAGCAGACAUGCUAAACGCCAACGGAGACCUCACAAACUCCAAACUCUUCUUCUCCUCAGACUCUUUCAUCAUGAAAACUUUGCAACCCGUAGCAGCCGGCGAAGAACUCCUCAACGAUUUCGGCCCCCUUCCUCCCGCAGAUUUAUUGCGAAGGUAUGGAUUCGUGACGAAAAAUUAUUCGAAAUGGGAUGUGGUGGAGAUUUCGGCGGAGAAAAUCAAAGAUUGCGUGAAAGUCGAUUCGGAGAAUGAGAUAUAUGCGAAAUUUCAAUAUGCGGAAGAACAAGGCGUACUGGACGAUGCGUACGAUAUCGCGCGUCCGGGGAACGAAGAGGGACAAUUCUCAGAAGAGCUUUGCGUGUUUUUGAAUUUGUUGGUUUUGAGGAAAGGGGAGUUUGAGAAGAUGGUGGAAAAGGAGAAAUUACCGAAGGUGGAGUUGUCGGUUGAGGCGAAGAGGUUGUUGAGGAGGGUAUUGGUACAUCGAUAUUCUGAGUAUCCGGUGGAGAAAGAGUUGAGGGAGUCGGGUUCUUCUUCUACACGGAUGGAGAUGGCGAGACAAGUUAUUGAAGGGGAGAAAGAGGUGAUUAGGGAAGCAAUCGAGGCGGUGACGGAUGAUGCUAAUACUAAUAAGAAGCGGGCGGCGGAUACUUUGGAGGAAGAAGCGGCGGCGAUCAGGAAUCCGGUGAAGAAAUGA